AUGAAUAAUGGACUUUUUCCCCCAGCUGUCGAUCAGGACCCCAACGCAGCACCCAAGUGCGACACCUCUCAGUGCAUACUUCCCGACUGUUUCUGCUCUGCGGACGGAACCCAGAUCCCGGGUGGCCUGGAACCCUCUCAGGUGCCACAAAUGGUGACCAUCACCUUCUCCGGCGCCAUCAACGUGGACAACAUCGACCUCUUCGACGAAGUCUUCAAUGGGAACCGCCAGAACCCGAAUGGAUGCCAGAUCAAGGGCACUUUCUUCGUGUCUCACAAGUACACCAACUACUCUGCCGUGCAAGAGCUGCAUCGCAAGGGUCACGAAAUGGCCGUGUUUUCCGUGACGAAUGACGGGGAUGAGAAUUACUGGACUGGCGGGUCGUACGAGGACUGGCUCGCUGAGAUGGCUGGUGCCCGACUCAUCAUAGAGCGCUUUGCCAACAUCACAGAUAACUCCAUCAUUGGUGUACGAGCACCAUACCUGAGGAUCGGAGGAAACACGCAAUUCGAGAUGAUGGCUGACCAGUUGUUUGUCUACGAUGCCACCAUCACGGCGCCUUUGAGCCGUGUCCCGAUCUGGCCCUACACUUUGUACUUCCGCAUGCCGCAUAAAUGUGCCGGCAAUGCCAACAAUUGUCCUUCCAGGAGCCACCCCGUGUGGGAAAUGGUCAUGAAUGAGUUGGACAGGAGAGAUGACCCAACUUUUGAUGAGAAACUGCCUGGCUGUCACUUCGUGGACUCCUGCACAAACAUUCAGAGUGCUGAUCAGUUUGGUCGCCUCCUGCGCCACAACCUCAACAGACAUCUCAACACGAACCGUCGUGGGAACCCUGACGUAAAGGUCAUUCAAUGGAUGCAAAAUCCCACAGAGCUGACUGGGCUCAGGGACUUCCAAGAGUGGAAGGACAAGUGUGAAGUGAAGGGGAACCCGUAUUGCUCCUUGCCCAAUACGUGUGCCUCCACGACUCGCGAGCUGCCUGGGGAAACCCUGCGGCUCUUCACCUGCAUGGACUGCCCCAACAACUACCCCUGGAUCCUUGAUCCCACUGGGGAUGGGCUCAGGACUAGGAAAUGA